AUGACCAAUAUAGUAAACAGUGAAGUAUUUUCGGGUUAUUUGUGGGGGGGUGAUAUAUUUACUACAAAACAACAAGGUAAUUGUGUAAGAUCAUUUCAUGAAAAAUAUUAUUUUAAAGAAAUUUCACUUGGAAGUUAUGUAAAACGCAAUUGGCUAUCAUAUUCUCCUUCUACCGAUUGCGUCUUUUGUAUAGUUUGUAAAUUGUUUGGAUUGCCAAAUGGAAAACAUGAUCAAUUUUCAAAACUUGGAACUAAUGACUGGAAACAUAUUUCAUAUAACAUUAAAGUACACGAAUCUGCACCAGAACACUUACUGUCAGAAAUACGCCGAGUUAUGUAUACAAGUCAAUUAAGGGUUGAUGUGCAGUUAUUAUCACCAUCAAAUUCACAGGUUGUAGAAAAUAGAGAAACUGUUAAAAUAAUUUUUGAAGCUUUAUUGUACUUAGUUUGGCUAAACAAUGCAUUUCGAGGUUUCAGUGAACACUGGGGUUCAUCCAAUCAAGGUAACUUUGUAGAAAUUGUCAAACUUUUAGUUAAAUAUAAUCCUUUACUGUCGGCUCAUUUAUCCAAAAUUCAGAAUGCAAAAAAAAAACAGAUUAACAUUUUUAUCAAAUGUUAG